GACAGACUAAAAAUAACAAAAGUAACAAUCAUUGUAGAAAGAGAAAGAAAAUUUCUGGGGAGGGUGGGAAAAUGAAGAAGAAAAAGAAAAAGAAAAAUCCUGGAGUUUGUAUCUCAUGUAAAAUGAUGGCGGCAAAUCCUCUGUUAUCCUUUCUGAUCCUCUUACCUUGUCUAAUUCAACUAACGAACGCAGACCCUCGAAAAGAUAUCGUGGUCCAGAAGUGCCAAGUAACUGAUUCUCAUAACGCAACACAGUUUCUAGAGAACUACAAAGAAAGUGCAGAAAUGGUGAGAAACCAACUGGGCCAAGAUGAUUCUUAUGGGUAUGGAACUAUUGGAGAACCUCCAGACAGGGCAUACGUGACGGCUCAAUGCCACCCCGAUCUCUCCGUCAAAGAUUGCCUCACCUGCUUUGAAACAGCCGACGAAAUGCUCUCUACUUGCAGCCCCCGCAAAGGUGGCCGCAUCUACCUUGACGGUUGUUACAUGAGGGCUGAUAAUUACAGCUUUUACAACGAUCCCCCUAUAUACUCAGAGAAGUUUUGUGGCACGAGCACGGAACAAGAUAUGAAAGAGGAACAUGAAUUACAUAAAGUUUUGAAGGAAUUACUCAAUUUCGUGGAGGAUAAGGUACUGCAGUAUGGGUUUGGGUACAAGUAUUAUUAUGUAUCCGAUAAGACAACUCUAUAUGCAAUGGCGAUUUGCUGGAAGCCGACGGACAAUAUUGCCUGUCACAGUUGCAUUGAUAAUGCAGCCAAAUCCAUCCUCCAAUGUCUUCCCCAAACCGAAGCCCGCGUCACUGCUGACAAUUGUUUUUUGAGAUAUUCUAAUUCUUAUUUCUUCAACGCACCCAAAGAAACCGCCCAAAAAACUUCUAUUAGAUACACCGCCUAUGCUAUAAUUAUUAGUUUUGGCUGCAUGAUAGCGAUUGCCAUCGGAAUUCUUGCUGGUAGCGUGGUUCAUUCAAGAGUAAACCAGGGGCCAGGAAUGGGUACGGGCUCAGCAGCAAUAUUCAAAAGUAGCUUGAACUUUAAAUACUCAACCUUAGAGAAAGCAACAAAAUUUUUUAAUGAAAUGAAUAAGCUCGGGGAGGGAGCAUCUAGUGAAGUUUUCAAGGGAUGCUUGGCAGAUGGUAGAGAAAUUGCAGUAAAGCGGUUAUUUAUUAGCUAUAAGAGUCAAAGUGAUGAGAUUAACAAUGAAAUGUACAUCUUAACUUGUGCACAGCACAAGAAUUUAGUUCGUUUUCUGGGUUGCUGCCUCACGAACGAUGUCACACUUCUAGUCUAUGAAUUUCUCCCAAACAGGAGCCUUGACAAUUUCCUCUUUGAUCCAGAGAAGAGAAGAGGACUAGACUGGAAGAAAAGGUUUGGGAUAAUACUGGGAAUUGCUGAAGGUAUACAAUACCUUCACAACGACUGUGAACGGUUAAUUGUUCACAGAGAUAUUAAGGCGAGUAACAUCUUACUAGACUUGAGAUUUAGGCCAAAGAUUGCAGAUUUUGGUCUAGCAAGGUUAUGCUCAGAAGAGAACCUGAGCCGCACUCCUGUUUGUGGCACAUUAGGGUACAUGGCCCCAGAGUACAUGGCUCAUGGCCAAUUAAGUGAGAAACUAGAUGUUUAUAGCUUUGGAGUUCUUGUACUUGAAAUCGUAAGCGGCACUCGGAACAGCAAGUUCAAGCAAGACGAAUCACUUGACACUCUAGUUACUACUGCAUGGAAGCACUUUCAACCAAAUACAGUAGAUGAAAUCAUAGAUGAAUAUUUGAAGAUUGAUGACAUGGAAUAUGUCAUACGUGUUAUUCAAGUGGGUCUUCUGUGCACUCAGCAGUCUCCCUCUUUGCGUCCUACAAUGACAGAGGCAAUUGACAUGCUUAUACAAAAAGACUUGGAUCUUCCUACUCCUUCAAAGCCUCCAUAUGUUGCCAAUACUAUGGAGCUUUCAUAUCAAUCAGACUUUUGUAAAAAUCCCUCUGAACCAAUAACUAUAUCAUGUAAACCUCAUUACAGUGACUCUAAUACCCAAUGACCCAACUACAUAAUUUUUGCCACAUUUUUUUAAUAUAUUUUUUCAUUUAUCUCGUGGGUGCAAUUCAGGCGCUGUAACACCAUGAUAGGAUACUAGAUUGUUUGAGAUGAA